AUGUCGUCGCUCGCGUGCUCUCCAAUCGACCGAAUCUCCAUGGCACGUCAUCAACGGUGGGACCCACAACCCCCAUUUACGCAAAAUCGGGCGGUGAUAGCAAAGCCACAUCGCCUCUGUGAUCAAAAUUUAAAAGGAUUACAUUCUCCAUUAACGCCGCGUUUGGAUCGUCGAGCUUCGGCAGAGGCAUCCAUGGAACAGUUGCAGAGUGGUCUUGGUGGGUUGGGUUUAACUGUUUCCACUGUCCCAGAGAAAGGUCGCUGCCUAUUGACCACCAGAGAUAUCCAUCCAGGAGAAGUGAUUAUAAGCGAAGAGGCAUAUGUCUGUGUACCAAACAACUCCUCCUCCGAAUGGAGAUGCGAAGGUUGUUUUACAUCGAGAAAUCUUAAAAAGUGUUCGGCAUGUCAUGUUGUCUGGUACUGUGGAAGCCAAUGCCAAAAGUCGGAAUGGAAGUUUCAUCGUUUUGAAUGUGAUGCUCUUUCGAAGCUUGAUAAGGAAAGGCGAAAAUCUAUUACCCCUUCUAUACGUCUUAUGCUCAAACUCUAUAUUCGAAGAAAGUUGGAACUUGAAAACAUAAUCCCUGCUUCUGCUAUGAGCAACUACAAGUUGGUGGAGGCAUUGGUGUCUCACAUGUCUGACAUUGAUGAGAAGCAACUGGUGAUGUAUGCUCAGAUGGCUAACCUAGUGAACUUGAUACUUCAGUGGCCCGAUAUCGAGAUAAAAGAGAUUGCAGAGAACUUUUCCAAGUUUGCAUGCAAUGCACAUACCAUCUGUGACAGUGAAUUGAGACCUCUGGGGACAGGAUUAUAUCCUGUCAUCUCCAUCAUUAACCACAGCUGCUUGCCAAAUUCUGUUUUGGUAUUUGAGGGAAGGUCAGCUGUGGUACGUGCUGUGCAGCAUAUACCUAAAGCUGCAGAGGUGUUGAUAAGUUACGUAGAAACUGCCAGAAGUACUAUGACCCGGCUAAAGACACUGAAAGAACAAUACUUAUUCGCUUGCAAAUGUCCCCGCUGCAUUAAAGUGGGUCAGUAUGAUGAUAUUCAAGAAAGUGCAACUCUGGAGGGUUACAAAUGCAAGAAUAAUGGAUGUGAUGGCUUCUUGCUUCGUGAUUCUGACGACAAAGGAUUCAUAUGCCAACAAUGUGGACUUUCUAGGAGCAAGGAAGAGAUUAAAAAGAUUGCAAGUGAAAUAAAAUCACUGUCAGACAAGGCUCUUAUGUCUGAAGCCUCUCAUCAUUCUCAGGAAGCUAUUUCUGCCUAUAAGAAAAUUGAAAAUCUCCAAAGGAAACUAUAUCAUCAUUAUUCAAUAAGUUUGAUGCAAACUCGGGAGAAGCUUUUGAAGAUGCUGAUGGAAUUGGAAGACUGGAAUGAAGCUCUAUAUUAUUGCAGAUUGACGAUUCCAGUAUAUCAAAGGCUAUAUCCGGGUUUCCAUCCUUUGCUUGGUUUGCAAUAUUAUACCUGUGGGAAACUCGAAUGGUUACUGGGGGACACUGAGAAUGCUGUGAAAUCUCUGACUAAUGCAGUAGAUGUACUUCGGCUUACUCAUGGGACAAAUACUUCUUUCAUGAAAGACCUCUUAUUAAAGUUGGAUGAAGCUCGUGCUGAAGCGUCCUAUAAACUUUCAUCUCAAGACGAGUGAAGGAAAGAAAGAAAAAGAACAAAUUUAACCUGCUGCUGAUGUGUCAAAUUUUGUGCGAUUUAGUUUUCCCCUCGUAAAUUUACAUAUCGACUUCUUUGUCCAAUUUCGUCAACUGGCUGUAUACUGUAUCAUUGGUAAAAGGUCUUGUACUUUAUGAUAGAAAGUGGAAAUCAUCAAAAUUAUUUCAUAUACAGAAUCAUAAGAAAAACUCUUAACAAUAA